GAGCUUAUCGCUUAUUACAUUUUUCUUGUAUAUAUUUUACGAAAAGAAUAGUGCAUCAGUUUGAAGACAAAUAUCUAAAGAAGGCUUACUAGAAGUGUGCAUACUAAUGAUGCCAGGAAGAUUAGGACUUCCGAUUGCCCAGGAAAAUCCUUUGUGGAUUUCCUGGCACGACUCCAACUGGAUACCUAUUUUGAAUCCGGCAAAUGUUAUGGAUUAUUUUUCUGAGAAAUCAAACCCCUUUUACGAUCGCACUUGCAACAAUGAAAUCGUUCGCAUGCAACGGCAAAGUUUGGAUUUGCUCAAUAACAUGACGGGAGUAGAGUACAUUCUGUUGCAUGUUCAAGAUCCUAUUCUAUAUGUUAUUCGGAAGCAGCACAGACACACACCAUCGGAAGCAACGCCCCUUGCAGAUUAUUACAUUAUUGCUGGAACCGUGUACCAAGCCCCGGAUCUGGCAAGUGUGUUUAACUCGAGGAUUCUAUCCACAGUACAUCACUUACAAAGUGCAUUUGAGGAAGCCAGCUCAUAUUCUCGAUACCAUCCAAGCAAAGGCUAUUCAUGGGAUUUUUCUUCUAAUAAAGCACUUGCUGAGAAAAACAAGACAGAAAAAAGCAAGGAAACACCAGCCAAAGAAGAACCAAGUUCAUUGUUUCAACGACAGAGAGUCGAUAUGCUCCUAGGUGAUUUGCUGCGAAAAUUUCCACUCCCACUUCCUCAAUUUCACCAGACACAAAAUCAAUCUCAUCAGAAUCAAAAUGGCAAUACUAAUUCCAACAAUACGGAUGGACAAGAUGGGGUGAGCAUUAAACAGGAACCCGUAGAACAUGCAUCAAAUAAUCCAAACGAGGCCGGUUCAGGCAUGCUUAUGCAAGUAAUCAAGGAAGAAUCCCGCAAUGAUAUGAAACCUCCGCCGGAGAAGAAGAUUAAGAUGUAACAAC